AUGACCGACGAUUAUUCUUCUUCAACACCUACAACUCCUCGCUUGAAACACCUGACGCGUUCCUUUCAUGGCUAUGAAAAGGAACGUCGUCCGUCGAAUGGUUCUUCAUUAGAAGAGGAAGAGCGGGAGUCGUUCGAGAGUAGACGUAUGGAUAGCGCUAAUAGACGGAAUACGAACUCUACAUAUGGAUUGUCAUACAUUAGACGGAGUAGAUUUGAUGUGAAGGAAGGUGAAAGCUACGGUGCGCGUAGAUUGAAGAAUGGCAAAUGGGAGACAGACGAUGAAUCAUGCUCAAAAUCAAUACAGAGACGGUCACUGCCUGCCCAUUCGCAACCCAAUUCACAACACCAUACACAACAUUCCAAUCCACAACGCCAAUCACAAGGCGCAUAUAUGGAAGAAGCAAAUACAAAAUCGCUUCUUUAUCUUCUCGAUAAAGAACGUGCAAAACGUGCAGACAUACAAAAGGCUUACGAGUCAACAUCGCAAUCACUAUGUGACUUGCAAAAAACGCAUCAAGAUGAUGUCACAACACUUGAGAGCGACAUACAAGUACUUCAAAAUGCAUUAGUUAAAGAGGCAAAAGUUAGUUCGCAAUUAAAGCAACUAUUACGAGAUGCUCAUGCUAAAUUCACCGAGGAGAUGCAAGUAUGGGCUAAUAAAGUAGCAGAGAUGGAGGAACAAGGGAGGGAACUACAAAAGACUUUUACAGAGACAAUGAACAGAUUGGAACAAGAAGAAGAUGAGAUAAUUAGACUACGUCAGGAGAACCAAUCGUUGAAAGAUCAGCUAGCUGGUCGACCGAUAGAGCCAAAUAAUUUCAUAAGGCCUAGCCUAGAGGAUGUUUAUAAAGUAGGUUCAUUAGAGGAAGGAGAUGACGCAUCAACGACAACAGAAACAAAGACAGCUGUUGAUAUGGGAGAAAACUCUGAUGUCGAGUCAAUGGCCUCCUAUUCAAAAAUAGCCGAGCUUACCGAUUGUAUCUCCAAACUCGAAUCCGAGCUCUCGUCUACCAAAGAGAAGUUACACAAAUCGGAAUCCAUCAUCAAUGAUCUACAAACCGAUAAACAGGCAACUGUCAAACAAAUCGAUGAAAAACAUGAAAAACAAGUUAAACUUCUUCGGGCUAGUCUUGCUCAGAAGCAAAAAAUGAUUGAAGAUCUUCAGCAAGAGCUUCGAAUGACCAAAUUCUCACAAAACAGAGAGCGAGAACGUGAAGAGAAGUUACAGAAAGAAAUGGCGGAACGAAACAAACUCUUACAAUCGAAGCCGGAACGUACGCUUAUUCCGUCUCUAAAAGACGAUCGUCGACAUAUACGAUCCGUUCAACCACAACAUAAACGCCGAGUCUCUAUUUCCGAGAACUUUUUAACUCAUGAUCGUAAAGGUAGUGUUACAAGUACCAAUAGUGGGAGUCUGGAGAAUGGGAGCAGUAACGGUGAUAAAGACGAUAUACAGAGCAGCAUCCUCGAAUUCAACGAAGACCAGUCCGAGUUAUUCAGCGAUGAAGAGGAAGAACGUGAUGACCAGUCGUCCUCAUUAUAUACGGGUAGUGCAGCUAGUAAUCGUGGAAGCGAGAAAACUGCAAGCACUGCAGCCCCCACCGUAGACGAAGACUUUCCAAGGAUUACGUUAUCCUCUCGGCAAUACCAACAUCGCAACAACAUGAACGAACAUGACGGCGGUAAUUGCAACGAGGAAAACGAAGACGACAUCCUCGAUGUUAUUUUAUCUGAUCGCGAGGACAGGUCAUUGCCGUUAAUCGGUCAUUAUUCUGCUGCCGAGUAUACCGAGGACGAAGACUUUUCAUUUGAUAGGGUCGUAAGCAAGAGCGCUUCUGUUAGUCGUAGACAGAGUAUGGUUGGUAGUGGGAGGAUGAACGGACGAUUUAACUCUCAGUCACUUACGAGGUCAUUGGGUCAUAUUGCUGCGCGUGGAUGGAUGAGCGGAGAUGAUGGAAUACCAUAA